UGCGUGGUCGGCACUCCAGUUAGUCAAAGUUAAAGCCAGCAUUAUGCAGCAGUCCCAGAUCCUGAGAAGUCUGUGCCUCUUGGCGGUCUUCAGUUCCAUGACCGCGGUGGUGCUAGGAAUAUGCGACAGCUGCCAAACCAACAAUGUGGCCUGCCUGAACGAAACCCACUACCGGAUGUGCUCCGCCAAUGUGGCGCCCAAUCAGAUCCUGAAGUGCGGCGAAGGCAAAGUCUGCACCGAGUAUACCGCCAUUUGCUUGGACGAAAACGCCGUGACACCCGCCUGUCCUGCCGACGGAGCCAACGGAUCCUGCGAAACCUGCGACGGCACGAACCUCUUCGUCUGCACCAGCCGCACCACUUUCCAGAUGUGCGACGGCACCACUCUGACGGAUCAGGUCACCUAUUGCAAGGAUAACAAGGUCUGCUCGAUCUCUUCCGGAAAGUACUGCGUGGAUAGCUGCGAGAUCACGGGCUCUGUGGAGUGCGACAGGGCUGCUCCAUAAGGAAGAGAGGUUCUUCUUUAUUGUAUAAUAUCAAAUUUACCGAAUAAAUAAAGUUUUUUAUAAUAACUAAAAUAAAA